AUGUCUCUCUCUAGAACCAAGAGCAAACAGAGGGAACCUCCACCAUCUUUGUUCCUUCACCCGUCCCCAGGAGCAUCCCGUGUUUCUUUACCCGGCAUUUUAGCUCCUGGCUCCGCCAUCCCAGGACCAGCAAGCAUCAGGCGAGAACGUUCGUCAUAUGAUAGCAAUGCUUCGAUACGGAAUGUACCGACAGCGGCAUCGGAACAGCAAAGAAUCGGCCGCGUGCUGAAGACGGCGGACAGCGGCCGCACAGCAGAUCGGACAGAUGCGCUUUGGGCGGAGAUGCAAGCAACUCUAGAAGAAGUUGAACUGUCUGCCUCCGCGGGCACCCACGUAUUCGGUCGCUCUCACGAUAUCAAAUUAGCUGAGUUACGAGGAGCCCAAAUCGCAUUGGCUCAGGCGUGGGCCCGCAGUGAAGCAGAUGGCUCGAUGGAGAAAGCCUCCCGCGAGGAAGGAAGCCCAGACGUUGGCGACGACCUCCGGAGUGCGAAAGGGUCGUUUUCAGACGCCGCCAAGCCAGGUAUAAGCGACGCAGAGCCUAACAAGGGAAAUGCAAAUGCUAAUGUGCCACGGCCAUUUGGCGAGGGUGUUGAUGUGGAACGACUGGGAGCCAACUUGGAAGAAGAGACCGAAGCCGACAUACUUUUAGCCAGGAAGCGGCGCGAAGCCAAUGAUGAGUACUUUCAACGCGUGAAUUCAGGCGUUAUCGACGUAGUAUCGAAAUUGGAACAGGUUGCGGUGGCGAUGCGAGCGGUGGAGCAAGAAAGCAAGGACGUUUGGAACGAGAAUGGGGGUGGCAGUGAGUACCUAGGUAACUGA